GUGGAGCAAAGCCGACCGAUUCAAUUCCAUGGCCGAAAGAGAGCGUGUGGAACAAUCGCUGUGGGAGAAUAUUUACAAGUGGACAAAACACUGAAGGAAAACAACCAGGACACGUUGAGAACACGUAGUAUGAAAUCUGAUUUUAUGCGGGAUGUCAUUUUCUUCUGCGACAGCUGCCUGUAAUGCUGUUUCAAUGGACUUUAUCCAAUAUUAAUAUUUACAUAAUCGCGCUGAUUCUGGCGCACGCGCCGGACUAUAUAUUGACUUAACCUGGAAGACCGCGCGCAUUGAGACAUUCAUAACAGAUAGAUAAAGCACAACUUGAUCUGCAUUAAAAAUGAGAGGCGACAUAUAAAUAAUAUUCAGCGUAGUUGAUUAUUUUGGGUGAUUCAGAAAAACAAGUUAUACAACAGGGAAGUGUUCUGCGCGUCGCCGUGCUGGUCCUACAACCAGUCGUGUAUUCGGCUCUCGCGCGGGCAACCUAGCGCGUGUCCAAAUGAUUCAACUGUGGCCGUGUACAAAAUCAUUAGACAUGAUCAUGGAAAAUGUUUUGUUAGAGCAAGGCUAAUAUUUUUUUUUUCUGAGGUAGCCAGUUUAAUUUAAACGUGCAUAUAUUAUUAUUAUUAUUAUUAUUUAGAUUAUUAGAUUUUCUUCGCCUUUCAAGGAAAUUUCUUGGGAGUGUGUAUUAGAAGAUCGUGAAGGAAGUCUAUAUCGUAGCAACCCAGCACACUAACGGGCAAAGGGACUUGAGUGGAGUGAUGGUGGUAAAUACAGUCCACUGGUUCAGGAAGGGCUUGAGGCUCCACGACAAUCCUUCGCUUAGAGACUCCAUCGAAGGAGCGCACUCUGUCCGCUGUGUGUACAUCCUCGACCCCUGGUUCGCGGGAUCAUCCAACGUUGGGAUCAGCAGGUGGAGGUUUUUACUGCAGUGUUUGGAAGACUUGGACGCCAACCUCCGCAAACUCAACUCACGACUCUUUGUUAUCCGUGGCCAGCCCACCGAUGUCUUCCCCAGGCUGUUCAAGGAGUGGAACAUUACUCGUAUGUCUUACGAGUAUGACUCAGAGCCAUUUGGGAAGGAGCGAGAUGCAGCCAUUAAGAAGCUGGCCAAUGAGGCAGGCGUGGAGGUGAUAGUACGCAUCUCGCAUACGCUCUACGAUCUGGACAAGAUCAUAGAGCUAAAUGGAGGCCAGUCUCCACUCACAUACAAGCGCUUCCAGACCCUCAUCAGCAGGAUGGAGGCGGUGGAAACCCCGGCAGAGACCAUCACAGCAGAGGUCAUGGGGUCCUGCAACACACCGGUCUCCGAUGACCACGAUGAGAAGUUUGGGGUUCCUUCUUUGGAAGAGCUUGGCUUUGACACAGAGGGUUUGUCCUCAGCGGUGUGGCCUGGGGGAGAAACAGAGGCCCUCACUCGUCUAGAGAGGCAUCUGGAGAGGAAGGCUUGGGUGGCUAACUUUGAGCGUCCAAGAAUGAAUGCCAAUUCCCUGUUGGCAAGUCCAACUGGCCUCAGUCCAUAUUUAAGAUUCGGCUGCCUCUCCUGUCGGCUCUUCUAUUUCAAACUCACAGACCUGUACAGGAAGGUCAAAAGGAACAGCUCACCUCCUCUGUCACUCUACGGCCAGUUACUUUGGCGUGAAUUCUUCUACACAGCUGCCACCAACAACCCAUGCUUCGACAAGAUGGAAGGUAACCCCAUUUGCGUGCAGAUCCCGUGGGACAAAAACCCAGAAGCUUUGGCCAAGUGGGCAGAGGGCAGGACGGGUUUCCCCUGGAUCGAUGCCAUCAUGACCCAGCUGAGGCAAGAGGGCUGGAUUCACCACCUGGCACGACAUGCAGUUGCUUGUUUCCUUACCCGCGGAGAUCUGUGGAUCAGCUGGGAGGAGGGCAUGAAGGUCUUUGAGGAGUUGUUGCUGGAUGCAGAUUGGAGUGUGAAUGCAGGAAGCUGGAUGUGGCUCUCCUGCAGCUCCUUCUUCCAGCAGUUCUUCCACUGCUACUGUCCUGUUGGCUUCGGCCGCCGCACCGACCCCAACGGAGACUACAUACGGCGAUAUUUGCCAGUGUUAAGGGGGUUCCCAGCCAAGUAUAUCUAUGACCCUUGGAAUGCUCCAGAGAGCGUCCAGAAAGCAGCUAAAUGUAUAAUUGGUGUACACUAUCCCAAGCCCAUGGUUCAUCACGCUGAGGCGAGCCGUCUCAACAUAGAGCGCAUGAAACAGAUCUACCAGCAACUGUCCUGCUACCGUGGCCUGGGACUGCUGGCAAUGGUGCCAUCCAAUCCCAAUGGAAAUGGCGAGAAUUCCACAAACUUAAUGGGAUUCCAAACUGGAGAUGUGACCAAGGAAGCCACUGCAUCUUCAGGCUAUCAGAUGCCACCCACCUCUCAAGGUGAAUGGCACAGCAGGACGAUGGUUUACCCUCAAGGAGACCACCAGCCAAGCAGCAGCACACAACUACAAGGCAACAGUAGUAGCAUUAUGUGCUACAGGCAUGACUCACAGCAGAUACCUGGUCCUGCUAUACAGCCAGGACGAGGGUUACACAGCAGUACCCUCCUGCCGUCUGGAAAACGGCACAUCGAAGAGUCUGGUCCUGCCACAGGUUCAAAAGUUCUGAGGCAGAGCAGCUCUUAAACUCCAGAAACGGGAAGAGGCCCAUGCGUAUCGGCUUCCAUGACUUCACAAAGGCCGUGAUAAUUGUUCUCACCUUUUCAAGUUGUUACAUUUUGCAGUUUUUUGGAAGAGCAACCACAAUCCCAUUCUAGGGAGCGAUAAAAGGGAGUGCAUGAUUCUCUCUAUAAGCACAUCCACACAGCGUGCACUGCUAAACAUUCAGACUUUACGUUAUUACAGGGACUUCACCCAAGCGGUCGCCAACAUACAGACAACUUUGGAAUUGCGUUGCGGCUCUGUGAUAUACACUGCUGCAAUGUUCUGUCAACGUUGCGUUCAUGUUUGAACUGUUUGGGGCUAAAUUUUUGUGUAUAUAAGGAUUUGAUGAAUACACACAUACAACAUGUACAUAUUUAAUAUUGUAUGUGCUUUCUCUAUUUCAUGUAGUCAUAGACCCACUGAUAUAUUUUUGAUAUAAAGAAUUAUUAUUAUUUUAAUCUCUCCUUUGUUCGCUCUUUCUCUCAGCUGUUUGUGAUACCUCUCCUAUUUUCUCUUUCCAGACUGUCAUUUUUCUCUUAAUCCUUCUCUGUUCCCUGAUAAAUGUCCCCGUUGGUGGUCCUCUCUGUGACCUAUCUUUCUUUUCUCUAUCUGGGUGUCCCCCUGUCCUCAGAACAUUACUGUAAACUGUAUCAAACUAUAAUUCACCUCCAUGUUUCUCAUUUUCCCAUGUUGUGCUUGUUUAAUAAAGUGUAAAUGUA